AUGGGCCAGCCAAACAUAUCCCAGAGCAAUGCGGCUGCAGCAUGCUCGACGGCCGCCGGUUCGUCCUACACAACAUCGGCCACUGCCUACACUACUCUCACUGAAGAAUCUCCACUAUUCGUUCCCCCAGAUCCUCGCCAACUAGAUGAAGAUCGCAAAGCCGAGAACAAUGAGAUCCCCGAUGGAGGACUCGUGGCCUGGACCCAAGUUCUGACUGGACAUCUGGUUGUGUUCAAUGUAUGGGGCUAUAUCACAUCGUACGGAUUUUUCCAGGAAUACUACGUUGAAACUCUCGAUGUCAGCCCGGCAAAUGCGUCUUGGAUCGGAGCGGUGCAGAUGUUCCUCGUCCAUUUCUUGGCGACUUUCUCAGGCCGGGCAAUGGACGCGGGCUAUCUGAGACAAUGUAUCGUCAUCGGAUGUCUCUUCCAAGUUGCUGGAGUAUUGGCGACCUCGUUCGGCACAAAGUUAUGGCAUUUCUGGCUAGCGCAAGGCAUCGUCAGUGGAAUUGGCCACGGACUCGUCUUCAGCCCCAUGAUCUCGCUAUAUGCGACAUACUUCAGCUCCAAACGAGUGAUGGCCGUCUCGUUGGCUUCUUGCGGGGCAGCGACUGGGGGGAUGGUUUUCCCAGUGGUCGCUUAUAAGUGUUUCAAUAACAUUGGUUUCGCAUGGACUGUCCGGAUCAUGGCGGCCAUUAUCCUGUUCAACAGCGUUAUAAUUGUCAAGCUCACCAGGUCUCGGAUUAUACCUCGGAAUCCUCCUCCCUGGGUUGAUUUCAGCGCUUUUCGUGAACGCCCUUACCUCCUGUUUUCGAUCGGCUCAUUCCUGAUCUUCGAGGGUAUUUACUUUGCAUACAUAUAUCUUAGACAAUAUGCCCAAGCCCACACAGGAUUUACCGCAUCUGAUUCACUUCUCCUUCUCAUCCUGAUGAACGGCGUUGGUGUUCCGUCCCGCAUCGCAUCCGCAUUCGUGGCCGACCGGUGGCUGGGCGCAGUAAGGACUUGCAUUGCAGUCUCAAUCCCUUGCGGCAUCGCCAUUCUAGGGUGGAUUGGUGUACACACCCAUGUUGGCAUGUUUAUUUGGGCCACGGUAUAUGGAUUACUGGUUAAUUGUGCGCAAAGUCAAUUGCCCGCUGCCAAUGCGUACUUUGGAUCCAAAGACCCAGAAAAAUCCGGCACACGUGUUGGGAUGAUCACCACAAUCAAUAGCAUUCCACUUCUGACUGGACCUUACAUAGCAGGACAGCUAAUCGCGUUACGGGGCGGUGAUUACCUGUACGCGCAAUUGUUUGGGGGUAUUUGCAUUUUGACUGGAGCGUUGUUUGUAGUCGGGUCUCACUUUUCGGGGGCCUGA